AUCUGCCCCGGUAAUGGGCAUUAUAAGUCGAGCAUGCGGCAGCCUCUUUAUUUAAAAUCCCACUAUACGUCAGGAAACAUGCUUUGGAGCGCUAUAGUUGGUACUGCAUGCAGCAUCGCUGCUGUCGCUGCGCAAGAUGCGCCAUACAAGCCUGGAUCACCACCGUCGCCUUUUCCGAGCCAAGCGGCUGCCGCUCGUCUGAAGAUCGAUCCUGAGACGGCUUGCCAGACAGCUGAAGAUGCAAGCAAGCCGCGUAACGUUCAAUUGGCCGCCUGGGUUGAAUGCCAGAUCCUCGCCUUCUACCCAUACCCACGAAGCAACGGUCCCGACUGGGAGCCCACGUUUCUCGAAGUUGUUGAUCCUAGUGCUCGCCUCUCCUUCAACGGUACAAGGUACAACCAGGAUGGUUUCCUGCAGCUCUGGAAAGGCUUCAACGCCACCAUUGGACAGAAUUUCGAGCAGUGGCAGCAAUGGCGUGAUUACUAUGUUGCUUCCCCGGACUCUUGGGAUCCCAAGAGCAUUGGCGGUGUUGUUUCUGCCCAAGGAUUCAAUGGAGGUAUCAUGCGCGGAGGCGCGGUAAUCCACGCGCCCAACGCCGCGUUUGUCAUCGUGGAAGAGCGGGAGGGACGCAGAGUGAUCACUGAGUUCAGGGAGCAAAGCACUCUGGCCAGCGCAGUUCAGCUGCCAAAGGAAGGACAGAAGUGGCCUUGUAAUCCCGAGUUCCAGGUCUGCUAGAUCCUUGGAGAGGGUUCUAUCAAGUAGAGCACACGGAUAAGCAAAUAUUCCAAUAAAAAUUCUUCCACCAUAGAAGGCAGGCGUUUGCUCAUACUUUCGCAGAUGUU